CACAUGCAACACAUGCGCAGUCUGACACAGACUUGACAACAAGCUAUCGGAUGUGAGAGCCCUUGAUGAUAUGGGCAUUUCAAUUUUUCGGAUUACCUAGCUAGAGUCAAAUGAAUAACGCCUUUCAAACAUUGAAUUGUCAAUUUUAGAUGCUAUAAUCGCCUUUCUGAAUUCUCACUAUGCCGAGCAAUAAGCUUGAGAAACCUGACAAGCAGGAGGUCAAUGAUAAUGUCAAGGUGGUGGUUAGAUGUCGUCCCUUCAACCAGAAAGAGAAGAUGAUGAGCCACAAACAGGCCGUAAUUGUGGACGAGAAUCGUGGGACCAUAACGGUUAACAAAUUGGAGACGCCCCAUGAGCCUCCAAAGACUUUCACAUUUGACACCGUGUUUGGACCAGACAGCAAACAGCUGGAUGUCUACAAUCUCACUGCUCGCCCCAUCAUUGACUCUGUAUUAGAGGGAUACAAUGGCACAAUUUUUGCUUAUGGGCAAACUGGCACAGGAAAAACAUUCACCAUGGAGGGUGUGAGAGCAGUGCCAGAACUCAGAGGAAUAAUCCCAAACUCCUUUGCUCAUGUUUUUGGUCACAUUGCCAAGGCAGAGGGUGACACAAGGUUUUUGGUUCGUGUUUCAUAUCUGGAGAUUUACAAUGAGGAAGUGCGAGACCUGUUGGGGAAAGACCAGAUGCAGAGGCUAGAGGUAAAAGAAAGACCAGAUGUUGGCGUGUAUAUCAAAGACCUCUCUGGUUACGUUGUGAACAAUGCUGACGACAUGGACAGGAUAAUGACCAUGGGCCACAAAAACCGUUCUGUCGGUGCCACAAACAUGAAUGAACACAGCUCUCGUUCUCAUGCUAUCUUCACCAUCACCAUCGAGUGCAGCGAGAAGGGUGUGGAUGGAAACCAGCAUGUGCGCAUGGGAAAGCUUCAUUUGGUUGAUCUUGCAGGCUCGGAAAGACAGGGCAAGACUGGAGCCACAGGUCAGCGUUUAAAGGAAGCGACAAAGAUCAAUCUCUCUCUCUCCACACUGGGUAACGUCAUCUCUGCUCUGGUGGACGGAAAGAGUACACACGUGCCCUACAGGAACUCUAAACUAACCCGUCUGCUGCAGGAUUCACUAGGAGGAAACUCCAAGACCAUGAUGUGUGCAAAUAUAGGCCCCGCAGACUAUAAUUAUGAUGAGACCAUCAGUACCCUCCGCUAUGCUAAUAGGGCUAAAAACAUCAAGAACAAAGCCAGGAUCAACGAGGAUCCAAAGGAUGCCCUAUUGCGCCAGUUUCAGAAGGAGAUUGAGGAACUAAAGAAGAAACUAGUGGAAGGUGAAGAGAUAUCUGGAUCAGAGGGAAGUGGAUCAGAAGAGAUGGAUGAAGGUGAUGAUGAAGGAGGGGUGGCAGGAGAAGGCCGCAGAAAAAGAAGAGAAGAAAGAGGGAGGAAGAAGGUUUCUCCGGACAAGAUGGUGGAGAUGCAGGCAAAGAUUGAAGAGGAAAGAAAGGCAUUGGAGGCCAAGCUGGACAUGGAGGAGGAGGAGAGGAACAAGGCAAGGGCAGAGCUGGAGAAGAGGGAGAAGGACCUACUUAAAGCUCAGCAAGAGCAUCACCUUUUGCUGGAUAAAUUGUCGGCCUUAGAGAAGAAGGUGAUUGUGGGUGGGGUGGAUCUCUUGGCCAAGGCUGAGGAGCAGGAGAAGCUUUUGCAAGAGUCCAACAAUGAACUGGAAGAACGUCGCAGGAGAGCGGAGCGGCUGCGGAGGGAGCUGGAAGAGAAAGAGCAAGAACGUCUGGACAUAGAAGAAAAGUACACUAGUCUGCAGGAGGAGGCUCAAGGAAAGACCAAGAAGCUAAAGAAAGUAUGGACCAUGCUGAUGGCUGCCAAAUCAGAAAUGGCAGAUCUACAGCAAGAGCAUCACAGAGAGAUUGAGGGCCUCCUGGAGAACAUCCGCCAGCUGAGUCGAGAGCUGCGUCUCCAGAUGCUCAUCAUAGACAACUUUAUUCCCCAGGAAUACCAGGAGAUGAUAGAGAAUUACGUGCACUGGAAUGAAGACAUUGGAGAAUGGCAGCUGAAAUGUGUGGCAUACACUGGCAACAAUAUGAGAAAACAGACCCCUGCUCCAGACAAAAAAGAAAAAGAUCCAUUUGAGGUGGAUUUGUCCCACGUGUAUCUGGCCUACACAGAGGAGAGCAUGCGGCAGUCACUGAUGAAACUAGAGAGACCCAGAACAUCAAAAAGUGGCAAGAGUGGCCGACCCAAGACUGGAAGAAGGAAAAGAUCUGCAAAGCCAGAUGCUGUGAUCGAAUCCCUUCUGCAGUGAAGACAGCGCAGAGGACAGCUUGGUUUUACUGAAAAUUUCAUGUUACUUGAGGAAACAAAUUCAUUAGUCAUUUCUGAAGAAUUUAUUGUUCAACAUUAUUUAAAAGAGUAACUGAAUACACUGUAUAGCUGGUAUGGUUUGAAAUGUGAAUGAGCUGCACCUCUGAUAGGAUUAAGACCUCUUGGCCAAGGGGACCUGUUAUUUGUAUUGUAGUGUAAGACUUCUUUGUGGAUGUCCAACAUUUUAAUGUCACUUUGGAACGCAUUUCGGUGGCAGCAGCUUCUGUCCGAAUAAAACUUUUACCUUAGCACCUCUAGCAUUAAGGAUAAAUCAACCAUGAACCUAUUUCACUUGCAAAUUCAUUGGUUUUCAGCAUCCUAUUUCAGAUUGUUGAAAAUAGAAUUGUGUACCUAUAAACUGCAUUCAUAUCCUCUGAAAUGUGUUGAGUGUAUUGACCACACUUUAGUUAAGUUGUAACGUCUGGAUUACUGAUUUCCUGCUUUCAAAUUAAACAGCCCAUGCUGAUAGAAAUACAUUAUAAUUUAUUCUAAUUGAGGGUGUAUUUUCACUUAAAUUACAGGAAAUCAUUAUACUCUGAGCACAAGUUGUAGCCUUAGUGUUAUUAAAUAAAAUAAAUCAUUAACAUGGAGAGGAAAAAAGAUUUUUAAAAACACUAAUGUGGAGGGAACAAGUAGAGGGGGGUGUGUAAUAUCAAGUAUGGAACUGAAAAGUGCAUUUUAUACUUUUUCUCCUUUAUGAAGCAUAGGGACAUGCAUGCCAGCCAGCUCUUAUGUUAGUGCCAUUCGCUAUUCUAAGCAAGUCUUUUUAUUUAUUGUUAAAUGUCCGAACCCAUUGUGUUACAUUAACUUACACGAUACAUACUGUAUGCCUUAGUUUAAUGCACUAGGAUGUUUUAGUGACGAUUUCAUUUUAUGAUAUCCUGUAGUGGAGUUUUAUUUUGUAUCAUAAUUUAUGUCAAAUGUUUACAUCCACCAAACCCCUGGAUAUUCUAUUUAUUAAAUUAUUUUACACA